CCUCGAAGCUGUAUACAUUAGAUUCCAGCCAUGAUUUAUUACAACAUGAAAACGAGGUCAGUGGUCUCUCUGGCGAUCAAACUCUUAAUUGGAGUCUUAAUAUGUAAAGGGAUACGUUGUACCAACUGGAACAAAAUUGCAAGGGAUUCGCUUAAAAAAGCUUUAAAAUUAAAACCAAACACAAAGAUUGCAAAAAAUGUCAUCGUAUUUGUCGGAGAUGGCAUGGGUUUUUCCACCACCAAUGCUGCUAGAAUAUACAAAGGACAGAAACAAGGCAAUCCAGGAGAAGAAACAAUUCUGGAAUUCGAAAAAUUUCCCUAUGUGGCUCUGUCUAAAGUGUACGGCACAGACAGGCAAGUACCCGAGUCUGCACAGACGGCUACAGCCUUGUUUGGCGGGGAGAAGACAAACUUUAACCUUGUAGGAUUGAAGGAUUCCGUGGCCACCUCAGAUUGCUUUGCACAGAAAAUGCAGGGGGAGGCUGCAGAAGUGACUUCUAUCAUAAGGCACGCCAUAGAGCAAGGUAAAUCUACAGGUGUGGUUUCAACUGCGAGGAUCACACACGCUACACCUGCAGCAACAUACGCCCACGCGGCAAAUCGCAACUGGGAAUCGGAUGCAGACAUUAACUCCACCUUUAAGGGUGUCUGCAAAGACAUUGCACUGCAACUAAUCCAAGAAAACCAUGAUAUACAGGUGGUUCUUGGAGGGGGACGAAGAGCUUUCCUCCCGGUUACCGAACCCGAUCCUGAAACUAAUGCAUUGGGUGUGAAUGAGCGGUUGGAUGGCCGUAAUCUUCCUGAGACAUGGGAAGCAAUUCAACAAGGAAAGAACAAAAACUACAAAUAUGUCUGGAGAAAGCAAGAUUUCGACGCCGUGGACGAAAAUAAUAUUGACUUUUUGCUUGGUCUUUUCAAUCCUGCUCACAUGGAAUAUGAACUCGAGCGAGACACUACCGGUAACGGAGAACCGUCUCUCAAGGAAAUGACGUCAAAAGCUAUAAAAAUUUUGCGACGGAACAAGAAAGGAUUUGUGCUGGUUGUAGAGGGUGGUCGGAUAGACCACGCCCAUCAUGAUAACAAGGCCAAGAAAGCAUUAGAAGAGGCUGUACAGUUUGAUGAGGCAAUAAAAGAGGCGGUUUCUUUGACCAAUCAGAAGAAAACUCUCAUUGUCGUCACAGCUGACCACUCCCAUCCGUUUUCUCUGACUGGUUAUACUGGUAGAGGAAAUGAUAUUUUAGGCUUAGUAGAUGAGGAAGGUAUUAAAGCUGAACCCACUACAGAUGGUCUGCCUUAUACAUCACUGUUAUAUGGGAAUGGUCCUGGUUAUACAAGCCCUCGACAAGAUCUUACAGGAGUCAAUACAGAUGAUAAAGACUUCAAGCAACAGUCUGCUGUACCGCAAGAGUUCGACACACACAGUGGAGAGGAUGUCGGGAUACAUGCUCAGGGUCCAAUGUCACAUUUAUUUCAUGGCGUGCAGGAGCAGCAUUAUGUCGCCCACGUGGUCCAGUAUGCCGCGUGUUUGGGUUACUAUUCUAACAAAUGUAACAAACGUUCUAGAGGCUAAAAUGUUUCGUUCAAAACCAAAAUAUUUUCAGAUUUUCAGUUGAUAGAACAGAAUCAUGACAAAAGUAAGUGUCCGAAUUUGUUCGGAGAAAAUAUUUUUGGGGAAUAAAGAAUUCUAUGAUUUUACUAAA